UGCAGAACAAGGAACAGGCUCAGCUUCAUUUGCGGAGGCGGAGGCAGAGCCAGCGCACAGACCGUCUUCCUCUCCGCAGUGGACUUGAUGUGACUCAUCAGUUAAACUUAGCCACAACGAAUUCUUGGUCUUUUGGAAAGAAGAGACGUGAGAGAGAGAGAAAGAAGAAGAAGAAGAAGAAGAAGAAUCGAAAACAGGAUCUGUCCCAUUCAGAGGUGGUGUGUGUGUUACGUCCCAGCGAUCUGCGGUCCUCUCCCAGCCCUGAAGAAUGAGUCUGAGCACCAGUGAACUGGAGGACCUGUGGGAGUCGUUGGGGGAACUCAACUUCUCUGAAACCUUCAGCAACAUAUCGAGUGUGGAUGCGAUGGUGUGUGCCACGGCAUUCAACCGCAACGCUCUGCUCUACUCCAUGUGUGUCCUCUACACCUUUAUCUUCGUCAUCGGUCUGGCUGCGAAUGCUCUGGUCCUCUGGGUCAACGUCCGAGCACAAAGAGACUCCACCCCUCGCCACGAGACACACAUGUACGUCGCUCAUCUGGCAGUUGCGGAUCUGUGUGUGUGCGCCACUCUGCCCGUGUGGGUGAGCUCGCUGGCCCAGCACGGCCACUGGGCCUUCGGCGAGGUGGCGUGCAAACUCACGCACCUGCUGUUCUCCGUCAACCUCUUCAGCAGCAUCUUCUUCCUGGCCUGCAUGAGCGUGGACCGCUACCUGAGUGUGGCGCAGCGCGGAGACAACGCGGGGGGCGUGCGCAGGAGGCUGAUGCGCAUUGGAGUGUGCGUAGGGGUGUGGCUCCUGGCUCUGGUGGCUUCCUUGCCAGACACAUACUUCCUGCGUACUGUCAAGUCAACACAUGGGGACACCAUGCUUUGCAGGCCUGUGUACCCGGAGGGAAACCCCAGGGAGUGGAUGGUGGGAAUCCAGCUGAGUUUCAUCCUACUGGGCUUUGUUCUCCCCUUCCCUGUCAUCGCAGUGUUUUACGCCCUGCUUGCCAACGCGCUCACCCGCUCCUCUACGUCUUCGUCAUCCUCCAUAGAGCAGGAGCGCCGCGUGAGCCGCAGGAUGAUCCUGGCCUACAUCGUUGUGUUCCUGGGUUGCUGGGGGCCCUACCAUGCCGUCCUCUUUGCUGACGCCCUGUCCCAGCUCGGCCUGGUGCCUCUGACCUGCGGUCUUGAGAAUGUGAUUUACGUGGCCUUGCACCUCACCCAGUGCCUGUCCCUGCUCCACUGCUGUUUCAACCCCAUCCUGUACAACUUCAUCAACAGAAACUACCGCUAUGACCUCAUGAAGGCCUUCAUCUUCAAAUACUCAACGAGGACGGGCUUAGCGCGUCUCAUCGAGGCUCCCAACAUGUCCGAGACCGAGUACUCUGCCGUAGCUGUAGAAAACCCUCCACACAUCUGAAACUCACAAAAACACAAUGAGCAUUUCUUGAACACUGUUUCUAAAUCUUUUCUGAUGAUAAUGAAAUGUAAACAAAUGUUAUAACUGACGUUUUCUCGUCGGAAUCUGACAAGUAUCAGCGUUAUUUUUGACAUUAGAUGACAGUGGAAGGAGAAAAAGCCAGUUCAGAUAUAAAUAUAUAUUAUUUUUUUUACAGAAAUCUGCUUGAGUCCUGUAGAAAAAGCCUGAAGCACUUAGAAAGCAGUUUAAUUAUAACAGCUGAUACUAAAAUAAUAUGAAUAUUGUCACUCAUUUGUAAAUCAAUGAAAUCAUUGCCUUUACUGUGUUUAGAGGAUUGUAAUGUGUGUGUGUGUGUGUGUGUGUGUGUGUGGUGCUUAAUCUGACAGGCAUUGAAUACUAAUAGUAUUAGUAGAGUGAUAUUGUUAAUCAUUUUUGUCUUAAGUUGUAUUUAUAUACUUUUUGCCUCUUUCACGCUGUAAUGGAAGGUCUCCUCACACACUGAUGUCUGCUCAGUGCUUCACUUCAUACAAUGCUGCCGUAUCAUUUUAGUCCAACCACUGACCGGCUCAGUGUUGUGGUCCUGCUGUCUCGUCAUUAAUCGUAACCUCAUGUCACAUCAGCUGAAUCCUUUAGACAAACAAUGUAUCAUUUAAAACAAUGUAAGGUUUAUAAAUCAUCAGGUGAAUCUAAAGGACUAGUUAAUAGUUUUUUUCGGAAAUGAGAAAAUGUUCUUACACUAAAUAUGAAGGUAGCCAGCAGCUUAUUAGCUUGGCUUAGCAAAAUGGCAGAUGGGAAAUAAUCUUCCGGGCAGGAUCUGUUAUUCAUAUAUUGUUUGUUUAAUAUUUACAGAAAUGACAAGUUGUGGUUUGGACUUGAUCAGCUGGUUGCAGUGAUUUACUGUCAAGACGUGAGCUAUAGCCUCUCAUUUAAAAAACAAAAACAAAUUCAGUAAACAAGACAUUAUAUGCUAAUUCGUGGAUCUAGAAAUCAGGCUAGCUGUUUCCAUCUGGUUCCGCUCUUUGUGCUAAGCUAAGCUAGCCACCUGCUGACUCUAGCUUCAUAUUUAGCAUACAGACAUGAGAGUGGCUUCAACCUUCUCAUCUAACUCUCUGCAAGGAAACAAGGAAACUCAUUUCACAACAUGUCAAUAACUGUUUCUUAACCAAGAUGUUGUGCUUACAAAUGAUUUACAUUGUCCAUGCUGCAGAUCAUUAACUUAUCUGUUUGCUUUUAGUUGCAAAUAUUGUUUAUUAUGGACCAAAUCAAAAAAAAAUGUCACUGCAUUACUUUAGACUUGUUUGUGUGCAUGUGUGUGUGCGUGCCACAGCUUGACACCAAUAGGUGACCUUUAAUGUGUCAUAAGCAUCGAGUUUAACACUGAAAAGAUGUCAUGUUGCGUUCAGAAAAGACUGGAGACACAAACAUGUGUCUACAAGAACAGAGGCAGUCCACUUGUACUGUAAUGUGUAACACAUGCUUUGUUAUAUAUUAAAUACAGAGAAAAUG